CAGCAGAGCAGGAGGGAGCUCUAGGAAUGGGGCACGGGGCCACACCAGGAGGCUCUGACUGCAGUUUGGAUGUCACUGUUCCUGGGCAGAAUUCCCACCCCCAAGUCUGGCCUUCUGACAGAACUCCUCCCUCUCUGAAGGAGACUGUGGCGUCUGUCCAGCUGAAUCCUGCAAACCAGCCAUUUCCAGGAAUCGAAACUGAAGCUGCUCUGGCAGGGGGCCCUCCCCUCUUGGAAGGCAGGCAGGGCUCGUGCCUACAAGUGAGGAACUGGAGCAAGGUCCCCAGUGGAGCAGGUCUGAGAGGAAACCCAGGAGCUCAGGCUGCCCUUCAGUUGCUCCAGUUCCUCUACUUGCUCUUUCCAGGAGGACCACGGCCCUCCACAGCUGGACUGUCUUCCUCCUGAACAUCUUGGGCUGGAUUCCAGUUUUCUAAGGCUUCUGAGCAGGUUGCUUGCUCCAUUGUUCACCAACAUGGAAGAGGCAGUUGGGUCCCCUGAGGAUAAACAAGGUACAUGCUUCUCCAAUCCUGUAGUUAUUUCCAAAGACCACUGUAAUUUAUCUAAAGAAGAUGUCAAGAAUUUCGAGAUUGCUGUGGAUAAAGGGAAUUGGGUAGAAUUCAUCUCUAUAGUCAAGCAGAUCAAACAAAACCCACCAAGACCCACAGUGAAAAUUGCUGUAACUGGGGACUCCGGCAAUGGCAUGUCAUCCUUCAUCAAUGCUCUUAGGGAGAUUGGACAUGAGGAGGAGGAUUCAGCUCCCAUUGGGGUGGUGAGGACCACCCAGAAACCAGUCCUAUACUCCUCCUCCAAGUUUCCCAAUGUGGACCUGUGGGACCUGCCUGGCACAGGGGUCACAUCCCAGAGCAUGGAGGACUACCUGGAAGAGAUGGGCUUCGACAAAUAUGACCUGAUCAUCAUCAUCGCUUCUGAGCAGUUCAGUUCGAAUCACGUGAAGCUGGCCAAAGCCAUGCAGAGCAUGAGAAGGAGGUUCUAUGUCGUUUGGACAAAGCUGGACAGGGACCUCAGCAUAGGUGGCCUCCCAGAACCUCAGCUACGGGAGAACAUCCAUAAAAACAUCCAGGAAAACCUCCAGAAGGAGGGGGUGGAGGAGCCCCCCAUAUUCCUAGUAUCCAACGUUAGUCCUUCUUUUGAUGGCUUCCAGAAACUUAGAGACACACUGAGAAGAGACCUCACUAUAAUCAUGUACGAUAGUCUCUUAGGAACCCUUUUCCAAAUCUGUAAGGAGAUUAUUAGUAAGAAAGUGGAAUUCAUUAAAGGGAUCAUAAAGGAGGAUAAUUUACAGGAACGUUUCGAAAUCUCGGAUCCAAAUAGUCUGGCAGAGUGUCAGAAAGUCUUCCAAGAACACUUUGGUGUGGAUAACAAAUCUCUCCGCCGGGUGGCUCGGAUUAUGAGUCAGUCAGAUACUUAUUUCACAGAUGGCAUGCAGUCCCAGGACCAACAAGAUGGUUGGAUACUGUCUCUGCCGCACAAGUUGUACGUUGCCUGUUGCUAUUUUAGCUUAACACAUAUGCAACAGGCAUGUGUACUUGAUGAAGCUGCUGAGAAAACCAAGAAAAUUGUGAAUAAAAUCUUGAAGGACACUAUCCUUUCUGAGGAAGGGCCAGCUAACUGAGCUUCUCUCCCCAGCUUUCUACCUGACAUCUACCCCCAGUUGAACUUAAUUGCCGGUAGGGUUUCAAGUUCCUUGAGAUUAAUAGGCCGACUUUCUUGAUGGGUGUCCCCCCUCAGGAAACAGCGCCAUGGGUUUUGCUUUUUACCAUUUGUUUAAUUUUAAAUUAACUGAACUUUCUGGGAACCAAUAUAGGAGACAUUUCCUUUUUCUAAUUGCACAAAAUGUCACAUUUGACACUUGGUCACCUUAACACCAAUGACUGAUAUAGUUUCUCUUAGAGGCCUCUUAAUUUUUGUUUCUGUCUUUCCCCUCUCUUUUCUUCCCUCUCGUGGGAGGUGGAGCAUCCUUUCGGGAAUGAGGAAGAGCUUGUUUCUGUCCACUGUCUGAAAAAAUGGCUAGUAGAGGCCUGUUCUCUGACCUCUCCUCCAAUGUGUAAGGAGAGGGGAUUUAACUCUGUACCACUGGUCAUGGGAUUCACAAAGCGCUGACUGGAAGACUUCUAGGUCCCCCACACUACCCCAGUGGUGUCAAGGAUGUCAUGGCCCCUCACACUCAGGACACCCACAGUCUCCUGUUGGAUCUGACUUCUUCAUCCACCCCUAACUCUAGAGGUCAAACCCCUAUGCAAACACAUAGACCCUCCUCCCUUCCUCACGGAGCUUUCCUGUUUUGCUCAGUUGUGUGUGUUUGUGUUUAUUUAAGACAGAUGCUUCUCUGUGUGCUUUACAUACCCCCCCCCUGUUCUCAGUCCCCCUCUCAAUGGAUGUCAGAGUGCUCUUGUAGGGCCCAGCCCAGUCAUUCAAACAAUAGGCCCGAGUUUCAGUUUACCCUAAAGCAGUGCCUGGUUUCAGGAAAGAUCACAAACAAAGACCAUUCAGGCACCAUCCAGAAAUGGACCGUCCAAGGGAAAAAAAAAAAAAAAGCCUAAUGUUUCAACCAUUGUAGAUGUAGAUUCCAACAUCAUCAGGUGUCCCUUAGCCCAGCACACACCCAUCCCCUUUCACUAAGACACCCGUAGACAAAUGUCAGCCAAUCAGGAAUCCCCUCACCUCAACCUCUGCUAUGAUAAGAACCCCACCCAAACCCCACCCCACCCAGGGUUUUUACGACUCUCUGACCUCCCUGUGUUGUCGGAUGGGUGGGGGGUCCCAGCUCAAGCCUGAAUAAAGGCUCUUUGCUUUUGCAUAUGAGUGCGGACUCUUUGGUGGUUUGGGGGACCCUGUGAUCUGGGCAUAACACUGUCAGCCCUGUGCCCUCCACUUCUUUCUUUUCAGAACACUAAAUACUUUCUUCCUUCCAGCCAUUACCAAGGUCACAUCCCAGCACGCCUGCUUCCGUGCCACUUGUGUCAGGAAGGGGUUAUUUUUGCUUCGUAGUUUGACAGUACAGCCCAUCAUAGAGGAAAGACAUCACAAUAGCAUAGGGCAGCUGGUCAUAUUGUGUCCACAGUCAGGCAGGAGAGAGAGAGAGAGAGAGAGAGAGAGAGAGAGAGAGAGAGAGAGAGAUGCAUACUGCUCCUUGGCUCGUGUUCUUAUUUUCAUUCUGCCCAAGGCCUCAGUCCAUAGAACGAUACCAUCCACAUUCAGAGUGGGUCUUCCAACCACAGUGAGCCAAGUUUAGAAACUCCCUCAUGGAAAUUCCGUAGUUAUUCUAGAUCCUACCAAUUUGACAUUCAAUAUUAACUUCACAGGUACAGUGAUAGCAAAGGGGUAUAUUGGAGUUUUAUUGGUUAACACUGGGAAGAAGGUUGGGUGUGGCUCAGUAAUACAGUGCUUGCCUAGCACAUGGGUUUUGAUACCCAGAAAGGAAUUGUUUAAACAAAGUCUGUUUUGAGACAGAAAGAAAAUGUAAUUGUAUUAUUUGAGAAAAAUGCAUUAACUAUAUCAUCUUGCUGGCACAAGAACUUUGUAAAAAUGAGUCACUUAAAUGGAAAAGGGAGUUUUACAAAGAACUUUGUAAAAAUGAGUCACUUUAUAUGCUGGGGUAAGGAUGGGCUGGACUAGGACGUCUCAGUGGUGGUGGGAUUGGGUUGAGGGUGAGCACAGCUCUGCCAGGCCUCACCUUCCGCCCUCUUAUUCCUUUGUUACAUAAUUCGAUAGACUCACAGGGAGGGUUUGCAAAGGAAUUACUCAAGUUCUGUUUGUCAUCCGGAUGAUGCUCAGAAAUCAUUGUUGACGUCAAGUUUGUAGCAUAGAUUCUGUUACAGUAUGUCCACUGUGAGAAAGUGAGCUUGCUCGUCUAAAAUCAUACGGCUGUUGCUGCUAAGGCUGUAUGUGUUUGGCUCCAGCACAGAGGAAAAUGACAUGCAGACUGUGACUCACUGUGGGCCCGACCGGGACAACAGGGUGUAAAUUCUCUCUAUAUCCUAGAACAUAGAUGUAGAUUUUCUCCUUGCUUGUUCUAUAUACAUGCCUCUCUAUACACAGAUACAGAAAUAUAUGUACAUGUUAUAUAUUCACCAUACACAUAUAAUGUGUAUUGCAUGUAACAUACAUGUAGUGUUAAUCUCUACGAUAAAUAAAUAAAAAGAGUACACUAUCUAA